ACAAAAGUGACAGACAGCUUCCACUUACACUCGUUCCUCAAUGUCGAUCGCACCGCCACCAUUACCUGCUGCCAUCAGCGGCUUUGGCACCCAGAAUGGAAUUGGGAAUAAUGAGCCUGCACAAGAUAUGGAAAAUGGACCAGAGGAUGUUGCAUCGGUUGGAAUUAUCUAUCCCCCCCCCAUAUUCGAGAUGUCAAUAGUUCUCGCGGACAGGACAGCUGCAUUUGUAGCAGGAAGCGAGUUGGGAGCCAUUGUAGAGGAACGUCUUCGACAAAAGGAGAAGAACAGUACAAAAUUCAGUUUCCUUAAUCCUACAGACCCAUAUCACGCGUACUAUGCUUUCAAGGUUAAAGAAGCGAAAUCUGGAAAUGCUACCGCUGCUGCGGAGAUCCAGGCAGAGGUGGAGGCAAAAGUAGAAGAAGCGAUCAAGCCUCCUCCAGCAGAACCCCCAGCGCUUGAAUUUAUGACACCUAUGCCUUCAGUGUCUGCUCAGGAUCUGGAUGUUUUGAAGCUUACAGCGCAGUUUGUGGCUAGAAAUGGGCGACAAUUCAUGGUAUCUCUAGCGCAGAGAGAGGCACGUAAUUAUCAAUUUGAUUUCCUUCGCCCCAACCACAGUCUUUUCGGUUAUUUUUCAAAAUUGGUGGAACAAUACACCAAGAUCCUGGUACCUACGCCAGAUAUGUUGGAACAGAUUGAUUCAAGAUCAGCCAACAAAUACGCAGUCCAGGAUAUUGUCAUGAAACGAGUCGAGUAUACUGCAUAUCAACAAGAGCUCCGAAAGAAGAAGGAUGAAAAGGAAGAUGCUGAAAGACAGGCAUUCUUGAGCAUCAAUUGGCAGGACUUUGUCGUAGUUCAAACAAUUGAAUUCACCGAAGCUGAUGAUGCAGUUGAGCUUCCACUUCCGAAGAGUUUGAGAGAGCUAGAAACAAUGUCAUUAACACAGAAGCGUAUGAUGCAAGUAUUAGCUGAGACUGAAAGCGCACCAGACAUGCCUCAGGAUAUUGAGAUUGAUGAUGACAAUGAUGAUGUGGACAUGGAGGACUCUGAUGACGAGCAGGAGCAGACUUCAGUACCAGCAAGCAGCACUCAGGAAGAAGUUAAAAACGUGAAUGAAGUUGUAAUGACCGCUCCUCAGCUGACGGCACCAAUGAAGAUCAGAGAAGAUUAUGUUCCAAAGGCAUUUAAAGGUCGUACGGGCGCUGCAUUGGAGGAGGCAACACAGACAUGUCCCCGCUGUGGCGAGCAAGUUAAGGUUUCAGAGAUGGAGGAGCAUGUGCGUGUAGAAUUACUGGACCCCCGAUGGAAGGAGCAACGUGAGCAAGCAGAAGCCAAAACUAAGGCUAGCAACAUGCUUACAGAUGGUACUGAUGUGGCUAGAAACCUGAACUUGCUGAAGGCUCACCGCUCGGAUAUUUUUAGCACGGAAGAAGAAAAGAAGAAUGCCGAAGAGGAGAGGAAACGACAAAUUGAAAAGGAGAGGAAUGUUUGGGAUGGUCAAACUAGCACUGUAGCGAUAACGGCCCAGAGGAAUGCUGCUGCUGCUGCCACAGCAGGAGGAUACAACCAGGAUGGUUCCAAGGCGCAAUUAGAGUCAUCUAUUGGUCCUCAAUUCGCACAGCCGCCAAUUCAGCAGCCACCUUUAUACCGCCAACCAGGGACAUACAACCAGACAUUCCGUGUCCAACCUAAUGUGUCUUCUUCUAUUCCAAUUCCUGGUAUGGUCCCACCACCAGGGAUGCCUGGAAUUCCUCCGCCACAUUAUGGACAGCAGCCUCCGCCGGGUAUGCCAGGUGCACACAAUCUUUUCCCUGGCCUGCUUGGUUCUAUUCCUCCAGGUGUAUCCAGUCUCCCAGCUCCUCCAGCAUCUGCUAAUUUACCUCUACGACCACCUGCGGCAGUGCCAGGUUUACCUCAUGCUCCUGGAACUGUACCUGCACAAACGCCACCCUCUGGACGCCAUCCAGAAGAAGAUUUCCCUACCUCAGAUAGAGACUCAAAACGCCUCAAGUCUGAACAUAUUUCGUCCUUACCUUCUACACUAGCACCGCCUGCAUCGUCCUCUAAUGCAUUACCAACAGCAUCAGGACCAAGCUGGAUUACUCUUGAUAUUCAGUUUGCAGAUCCGGAUGAGUUUAAGCCAGAGUGGAAUAGGGACAAAUUGUCGAGUUUAACCGUAGAAAAUCUUGUAAAUGGCACAAAAAUAUCAGUAGUCAAGGACCGCAUUUUUGCUACCAUGGGCUUCCCUGUAGGCAAGCAGAAGUUAAUCUUACCUGAUGGUACAGUAACCAAGAACCAAAGCACAUUAGGAGAAUACGGGUUUAGAAUUGGGCAACGCGGAGAGCUGCGCCUUGCGGUGAAGAAAUAAGAUCUCAAGACUUGCAGGAGACACCAUGUCAGAUCUAGAUAAGCUAUUCUUUCAUUCAUAGUACAUUAAAAAGACUGAAAGUCAUACCAGAAAAAAAU